AUGGUCAUGGCUGUUAUGGCCGAAGUGACUCCUGUUGAUGUGACCGGCCCAGUGACCGGGCUGAUGAGUUCCAUCUUUGCCCUCUCCAGCAUCCUGGGUCCCGUUCUCGGAGGUGUACUCACUUCCCGAACGACGUGGCGAUGGGUAUUCUACUUGAAUAAUGCCAGCAUUCCCGGUGGCGGUCUCGCAAUAGCGCUUGUUCUUUGGGUGUUUCCCCGAAACGAUGGGCGGCUGCAGAUUUCAUUAUCGAGCGUAAACCGUCUUGACUGGCCGGGAAUUGCGCUGUCUUUGGCAGGAUUGAUAUUCAUCAUUCUUGCGCUGGAAGAAGGUGGCGGCGACUAUGGGUGGAACAGUGGUCUGAUCAUCGCCUCGUUUGCUCUGUGCGGAAUCUGUUGGAUUGCAUUCGUGAUCUGGGAGGUAUUCUUGGGAUUUGCUGCACAUAAGAAGCACCUUGGGUUUUCCUUUGCACGGGUGAUGCUGCCUGUGUUCCCAGUAUGGCUCCUGAGGCGUCGCAUCGUCACUGCCUGUUUACUAUCUGCAUUUCUCGCCGACUUCCCGUUCAUGGUACUCAUCGUGUACCUCCCACGGCGCUUCAAGAUCCAGGACGACCUGACCCCGGUGGCGUCGGGAAUCCGCAUGCCCACUCCUGGGCAGGCUAGGACCAUUAUCAAGCCCUCAGAGGCCACAGCCCAGGUAUGA